AUGGCUGGUACAUUGUGGUUUCUGAACGUUCGCGAGAUGGUUCAAUUACUUGGAACAUGUCGAACGCUUCGCGAGGAUAAAAGUCUGGGUAUUAUGGCAUUGAGUAAUUGUAACAUGGGGGUCCAUUUAUUGCAGGGAUGUAACAGUGACUGGAUGGACUUGUUCUUACAGAACCAGCUUAAUUGUAUUAUAGAGAAAUCUGAAUUCUGGUCUGAGUGCAAAGAGCAUCAUUUUAAUCCUGGAAGUAAGGAACUAAACGGGCACUUAAUGCAGGAUAAAGUGCCACUACGUUACUCAGAAGGUCAAGCAGCACAUAUGUUAUCACUUCUUGGAGCAUUAGAAUUUCAUCUCAAGCCAUUCUACACUCGUGCUUAUGUUGCGACACCAUUUGGCGAAUUCUGUCGUGCUCGGCCUGUGAUUGUGCCGUUACCUUUACCACAUAAGAAAAGAAAAUGUGCUCCGUGGACGAUGGAGCAUGCUCAAUCUGCAUUGAAUACUCUUGUCGAUGGCCUCGGAGACGAUUUUGCUGCAUCAACUACGAAGUAUGUAUAUGUCUCCGAGGUUGGCAUGCAUUGGGACAAUAUAUUAGUGGGGAAUCGGGACAUUAAAUCAAAAUGUGGAUUUUGCAGCGCAGCUCGAAAAGCGAUUCGCGACUAUCGAAAAAUUGCGAAAUCGAUGUUCGAUGAAUUUUCCGACGUUUUGAGAGAUAAACAAUUGGAGUGGCGUGCACAAGGUCUGGAUGAUGAUGAAAUGCACGAGCGGCGUAGUUUAUUGAAAGCCACCAUGUUUCCCGAAGAUAUGUAUCCAGACAUUAAUGCUGCUCAAAGCACUGCGGAUGAUAUCCUGGCACAUAUUUGCGAAACUGAUCAGUUUCCGAUGGUACCGUUUGAAGGCAUGGCCAGUUGUCUUGAACGGAAAAACGAUGAUAUCUUUACUGCAUUGGCUUUAGAAUGUCAGGAUCUUUGUGCGACAUUUUAUCAACCACUUAAACGAAGUAUUGGAACUCUUGUGGCAAUUCGUGGCCAACGACUGCAUCGAUCAUGGAUGGACACUGGUGAAGAUGCAGCUCGCAUUCGACGCGAAUUAGUUGCUGGAAUAACUUCGACUGGAUUUCUGGUUGGUGUUUAUAUUAUGAGAGCCGUAGAGGAUCUUGUUUGA